AUGCUCGUCUUUAAGAUUCCCUUCAAUGCCUACUCCAUCCAGUUCAACCCCUUCUACGAGGCUCGCAUCGCCAUCGCCACCACCCAAAAUUUUGGAAUCCUUAGCAAUGGUCGCCUUCACGUCCUCGAUCUCAAUCCCGUCGGUCCCAUAUCCGAGCACAUCGCCUUUGACACCGCCGAUGGAGUCUACGACGUCUCUUGGUACGAGUCUCGUGACUCUCUUCUCGUUGCCGCCAUAGCCGAUGGCUUUGUUAAGCUUUACGACCUUGCUCUUCCCCCCACAUCUAAUCCCAUUCGUUCCUUCCACGAACAUACUCGCGAGGUUCACUCUGCCGACUACAACCCUGUUCGUCGCGACUCCUUUUUGACUUCCUCCUGGGACGAUACCACUAAGCUCUGGACCCUAGACCACUCCACCAGUGUCAGAACAUUCAAAGAGCAUGCCUAUUGCGACUAUUCCUCCGUCUAGAACCCUCGUCACGGCGAUGUCUUCGCUUCUACCUCUGGCGAUUACAUCGUUCGCAUUUGGGAUGUGCGAGAACCAGGCUCCACCAUGAUAAUUCCAGCUCAUGAUUUCAAAGUUCUAUCUUGCGAUUGGAAUAACGAUGAUUGUUGCAUUGUUAUGGCUUCGGUCGAUAAAUCGAUUAGGGUAUGGGAUGUUAGGAGCUACAGGACUCCGGUUUCUGUAUUGAAUGGCCAUGGAUAUGCAGUUAGGAAAGUGAACUUCUCUCCGCAUCGACUGUGUUUGUUAGCCUCCUGUUCCUACGAUAUGACUGUCUGUUUGUGGGAUUACGUGCUGGAGGAUGCUAUUGUUGGGAGUUAUGAUCAUCACACUGAAUUCGCCGUAGGAAUCGAUAUGAGCGUGCUUGUCGAGGGCCUGCUUGCCAGCACUGGAUGGGAUGAGCUUGUUUAUGUAUGA